GGAGCAGGAAAGUGCAGAAGAAGAAGCAGCAGGAAGAGUCUCUGUCGGUCACUCGGAUCAAACCGGAUCAAACAUGCUGCUGCGGCUCGGAGCGUCCGGACCGGGUCUGGUUCUGGUUCCGAGGCUGCUGCUCCGGUCCAGGGGUCCGGGUCCGGGUCCGGGUCCGGGUCUGGUUCUGGGACCGGGACCGGUUCUGUCCCCUGCAGGACCGCCGACCCGCGGGGCCGCGCAUGCGCUGCACUCGCUGGCGUGGUGCACAGGCGCGCACGCGCACAGGAGAGCCGUGCUCAGCUGGAGACAGGUCCCGUCUGUCCGUCCGUCUGUCCGUCCAACUCCUCGUCUUCUGUCCUCAACGUCCAACGGAGACGACGGGAACCUGAUCUACACCGGGAACCUGGCAGGCAGCGUCCGAGGGGUGAAGCUGUUCUCCUACUCCACCAGCGCCGCCAGCCUGGCCCUGCUGCCCCAGAUCCUGCUGCAGACGGGUCUGGGGGUCCAGAGUCCGGCCCUGCAGGCCACCUUCAUCACCGUCGUGGGCUUCUUCACCUUCCUGACGCCGGUGCUGCUGCACCUGGUGACGCGCGGCUACGUGCUGCGUCUGUACCACCACCCGGCCCGCGACACCUACACCGCCGUCACCUGCAGCGUGCUGCUGACGGAGCGCCGCCGCGUCUUCCACCAAGACCGGGUCCGGGUCCCGGCCGUCAGCCGCAUGUUCACCAGCUUCUACGCCGGCGGGGCGGGCUACCUGGUGAACCCGGACCUGUUCCAGCUCCCCCAGGACUACAACCACCUGAUGGGCUACGACAAGCCCUUCAGCUUCCCCCCCGAGGACCUGGAGCCCCCGGAGAGGAGCUGAGGGGCUCUGCUGGUCGCCACGGCAACCUGGAGCCCCCGGAGAGGAGCUGAGGGGCUCUGCUGGUCGCCACGGCAACCUGGAGCCCCCGGAGAGGAGCUGAGGGGCUCUGCUGGUCGCCACGGCAACCUGGGGCUCUGCUGGUCGCCAUGGCAACCUGGGGCUCUGCUGGUCGCCACGGCAACCUGGAGGUGGUCGCCACGGCAACCCGGACCUGUUCCAGCUCCCCCAGGACUACAACCACCUGAUGGGCUGCGACAAGCCCUUCAGCUUCCCCCCCGAGGACCUGGAGCCCCCGGAGAGGAGCUGAGGGGGCUCUGCUGGUCGCCACGGCAACCUGGGGGUGGUCGCCACGGCCACCUGGGGCCGCCGGAGCUGAGGGGUUCUGCUGGUCGCCAUGGCAACCUGAAGGUGGCGCUGCCGUGAGGUGGUCGCCACGGCAACCUGAAGGUGGCGCUGCCGCGGAGGCCGAGGCGGUCGCCAUGGCAACCUGGACUUCUUUCUGCACAGGCGGAUGUUUGUCAGCUGUUUUUGUGUUAAUAAAGACUUGAUAUCAACGUU